AUGGCCGAGCCUAGAAAACCUUUUGCUUCCAAGGCCAGGCAGUUGGGGUUUCGCAAAUUUCCUACCAUACGGUACAUCGACAAGCCGACUAUUGACUGGGCGCUUCGUGCCACAACGUUCAUUCUUCGCCACGACCUUGAUGCCUCUGCAAGAGAGUUCAUAGAUCUGGGCAUUGAUGUUUGUCACGCGUGGAUGAAUAUGGGCGGGGAGCUCAACCUAUUUUUCGGAGAAUUCCUGUAUAUCUUUGUUGGCGAGGCUAUCGAUAACUAUUUCGGUAUCUGUCAUCCUCAAAUACACCAAAUUGAGAAGAUCAUCAAUACAGCCCGGAAUGCGGCAAAUCUCAUGGAACAGGAAAAGGGAGAAUGUUUCGGCCUCUAUUCCAUGUUAUACGAAUAUAUGGAUGUCUUCGAGCCGUUAUCCAGUAUCAUCGAAUGUGGGAUAUGCUUCUCCAAGAGCGCAUAUAAUAUCAAACAACCGAUGAACCCGUUAUCAUGGAGAGGGGUCGCUAAUGCGAUCAUAUCCCAUAACAACGAUGAGAAACGUUUACCUUCACACCAUAUUCUCCACGGCUACGAUCAAGGACGGGAUGCCAUGGACCCGAAAAUGGUUCAGAAAAUCAUGGACUGGCUAGAGCAAGUAUGCAGAGUAGCGGGCUGGAGGGUUGGCGAUGUAUCGUGGCAGAUUCUCAACUAUUACACCUACCACGAAACUCUUUGUGGUCCCAGAAUGUUCCUUCGCACUGGGCAGUGGCAGCAGCUCGCAGCGCAUAUCGAAGACACUCGCAUGCGUAUGUUCUGGAUGUGGCAUGAAAAUGAGCAUACGCAUCUAAAUGUUAAUCUCGUAUCCACAUACGUGAAUAACAUUCUUGAGCUUGUAAAAAACAAGUGGUUUAUUUAUGUAAAGCCCGACGGCGAGUUCAGACUAAACAGCACGGCAAUCAACCUGGUUCAUGACAUAGCUGGACUGGGCCACCAUACCCAGCAAGUCUGGGAUAUCUGUCGAAAGGUGUCAUUGUUUGAUUUUUCGCUAUUACACAUUAACGGGCCAUUGUUGCCCCCUCAGCCGUUCGGUUGUGUUUAUUAUGACUUUGAGAUACUAUCAAUAGCAUCAGAAUAA